AUGCCUCCGGACUGUGCGAUAAUUCCGCCCGGCGGGCGUAGAAGAUCCAGAAGAUCUAGAAGUUCCAGAAGAUCCAGAAAUCUAGAAGAUCCAGAAGAUCCAGAAGAUCCAGAAGAUCCAGAAGAUCCAGAAAAUCUAGAAGAUCCAGAAGAUCCAGAAGGUCCAGAAGAUCCAGAAGAUCCAGAGGAUCCAGAAGAUCAAGAAGAUCCAGAGGAUCUAGAAAAUACAGAAGAUCCAGAAGGUGCAGAAGAUCAAGAAGAUCCAGAAAAUCCUGAAAAUCCAGAAGGUCCAGAAGGUUCAGGAGAUACAGAAGAUCCAGGAGAACUAGAUGGUCCAGAAGAACCAGACGAUCCAGAAGAUCUAGAAGAUCACGAAAAGUCAGAAGAUCCAAUAGAUCGCGAUGAUCCAGAUCUAAAAAAUCCAAAAGAUCCACAUAAUGUGAUUCAAGUGAUUCAGGUGAUUGAGGUGUUUCAGGUGAUUCAGAAGAUUCAGGUGGUUCAGGUUAUUCAGAUGAUUCAGGCGAUCCAGUUGGCCUCGUUGAAUCAAGGAACUCAUAUGAUUCAGGUGGUUCAGGCGAUUCAGGUGAUUCAGAGUAUUCAGGUAAUUCAGGCGACUCAGAUGAUUCAAGCGAUUCAGGUGGUUCCGUUGAUUCAAGCGAUUCAAGCAAUUCAGGUGAUUCAGGUGAUCCGGGCGAUUCAAAGCGGGAGGAAACAGCAACGCAACGGAGAGGAAACGGAAAGGAAAUGGAAAGGAAACGGAAAGGAAACGGAAAAGAAACGGAAAGGAAACGGAAAGGAAACGGAAAGGAAACGGAAAGGAAACGGAAAGGAAACGGAAAGGAAACGGAAAGGAAACGGAAAGGAAACGGAAAGGAAACGGAAAGGAAACGGAAAGGAAACGGAAAGGAAACGGAAAGGAAACGGAAAGGAAACGGAAAGGAAACGGAAAGGAAACGGAAAGGAAACGGAAAGGAAACGGAAAGGAAACGGAAAGGAAACGGAAAGGAAACGGAAAGGAAACGGAAAGGAAACGGAAAGGAAACGGAAAGGAAACGGAAAGGAAACGGAAAGGAAACGUGAUGCGUGA